AUGCCUCUUUCCUCCUCAUUUUACUUUGUUCGUUGUUGGUUCGUUGCCCUCGUUCUGUCCUCGCGGUUUUUUUUUUCCCGAUUUGACCACCGAUGUACUUACCCUCUAAUCACCCUUCAUCCUCUCUCCGUUUUCGCUCACUGUCACCUAGUACCUGAGUCGAUCCCCAACGAUAUUCACUUUAUUCAAUUUCCAUCGAGUCAAAAUCCGAAGCCCACAAUACUGAAGAAGCACGACCCUCCCUCAGACGAUUUCGUAGUGGGCGAAGCCUAUGAGAAACGAGGAGCUAGAUCAAUGGAAUCAACCCGUUCUAUGUUGUACGUUGCAGGGCAGUGGAAGGGACAGACGGGGGUGAUGACUGUUGAUAAAGAGAAGAGACGCGCGGUUGCGAAUUAA